GUCAAUUCUGAUCACGCGGAAGCUUUUGCGUUGGCUUUGAAGUGUUGAAGAAGACAGUUCUGCAGCAAUACGCACCUUUGAAAUCAGCUGUUCACAGAAGCGUCAACUAGUUAUGGCUUACCGUCUGUUUGAAGGCAAGAAACACGUUUCUUCCUACUGGAAGUAUAGGAUCUCUCCACCAGACCAUCUGAUACAACAGGUGAUUGACUUCCUGGAAAAACAGAAAGGUCGUCCCUUUGAGCUGGCUGUGGAUGUGGGAUGCGGCUCAGGACAGGGGACAGUGCUGCUUGCCAAACACUUUGCUUCUGUGGUAGGGACUGACGUUAGUCCGGCCCAGCUGGAAGUGGCUGUGCAGCAGGCCAACAAGCCGAACAUUACCUAUAGACAGAGUGUGGCCGAGGAGCUGCCUUUUGCUGACAGCUCCGUGGACCUAAUGACAGCCAUGUCUGCCUUCCACUGGUUCGACCGACCACGCUUUCUCCAGGAGGCCCACAGAGUCCUGAAACCUCAUGGCUGCUUGGCUCUGCUCAACUACACCAUUGACAUGGAGCUCAGCUACCCUGACUGCUGCUCGCAUGCACUCAACCAAGUCUGCAAAGAGUUUUAUGCAGCCUUGCAACAUUACCGCAGUCCUCACCUUGGCCCCAGCUCUAUUGUGUUAUACCGGGAGGCCUAUGAAUCCAUCCCUUACCCUGACAAGGAGUGGCAGGAGUGUGUGUGGGUGAAAAUGCCCAUGCCUCUGUCCAGCUACAUGGGCUUGGUGGAGUCUUUCUCGAGCUAUCAGGCUCUGCUGAGAGAUGACCCGCAGAAAGCCACCAACCUCUCCCAGGACGUCUCUCAAAGGUUGAUGUCCAUAAUGAAGGUGACCUCUUUGGAGACAGAGGUGGUGGUGGCUGUUAAAUAUUAUUACCUUCUGGCCUGCAAACCUCAGGAAACCUGACUCCUGCCAGCACUAACAGUUUCAACCAAGCCGUGAAUGUGCAAGCCCCCCAGUAUUUGAUCAACUUUUCUCUGAGAAUGUUUUCUCUCUCUCUCAGGACAAGUUCGUGUGUUGGGUGUUUGUUACAUAAGCUUGAGCUCUCUGCUUUGCCUACAAAUGCCACUUAUUUGAAAGGAAUAGUUUUACACUUUAGGGAACGUGUUUAUUCGCUGUCUUGCUGAGAGUUAGAUGAGAAGUUAGAAACCACUGUCCAUCUAUUAAUCAAUCAAAAAAUCAUAUAAAAUAAUACUGUAUAAUAUAAUAUAAGCCUACCAGCUCCUCCAAAGCUCACUGAUUAAAACAUUAAGCCUAUAUCUUUUAUCUAAUUAAUCUAUACAAAAUUAUGAACAAAAUUAUAAACACACAUUUUGGAGAGGCCUUUUAUUGUGCACACCUGUGCAAUACCCAUGCUGUCUGAUCAACAUCUUGAUAUGCAACACCUGUGAUGUCGAUGGAUUAUCUCAGCAAAGGAGAGAAAGUCUUAGAUCUUUGAGUUCAGCUCGUGAUGAAGGGGGGCAAAAACAAAAGUGUUGAGUUUAUAAUUUUGUUCAGUGUAUGUAAUAUUAUACCUAUCAAACUAUUGCUUUAAAGUUACAGCAAAUACUGUUUGUUUAAAAAAACAUGCACAAAUAUGAUGUAUAUUUACUCUUCAAUAUCUGCAUCUAGCUUUCCUGUGCCUGCCUCUGUGCUGAUACUGUGCUUGUAUGUUUGCAUCAUAUUACUGAUUUGUACACAGAAAACAUGUGUGCCUACAUGUAGUAUACAUAUAGUAGCUACACUUAAAUGUUGUAAAUGACUUCCCCACUGUGAACAAGUUUAGUGUGUGGAGAAGUCUGUCUUACAAAAUACCACUAGAGGGAGGCAUUUGAUAAAAAGUUUAUUAUUGGCACUUCAUGUGGUAUAUUUUAUGGGUGGAGUGGUGGAGGAAGUAAACAGAUCCUUUUCUUAAGUAAAAAUACUAAUACCACUCAUCGGUAUUAGCAUAAGCUUUUUGUAUGCUUUGUUUGCAAAGGUAACUAGUUACUAAAGCUGUUAAAUAACUGUAAAAAGUACAGUAUUUCCCUCUGAAAUGUAGUGGAGUAGAAGUAGAAAGUGGCAAAAUGACUCUGCAGUACAGUUACCUCACAUGUGUACUUAAUUACAGUACCACUUGGGGCUUUCACAUCAACAUAUUCAUGUAUCACACACACAAAGAUAUUGUAUAUAACAAUCAUGCCAUGCUGUGUGUCUUUUUUCUAAACAAUACUGCCACUUUCUUGAAUCGUCCUGUGGAGUAUUUGAGUGACGAGAGGCAAGAGUGCACUGUGUUGGUGUCAGAGCUGAGGCAAACUCUGCUGCUUUCUGCUGCAGAGAAAAGUCAGGCAUGAGGAAUGAGACUUGUCAUCACUCUGAGACAUCCUCAAACUUUCUUGUCAGGCUUGAAUGUCUCAUCAGAAGCAGGGCUCCUUCACAGUCAGCCUUGAAUGUUAUUUCUUCAGGCUGUCCUUCUGAUUCCUACGAUUCUUGUCAUCUUCACUCGCUUGACAGGCAAUUCUAAGGCUACAUUUACACAGAAAGGGUCGGACUGUUAGCCCGUAUCGAUUUAUCUUAUCUGCUGUUUACACCUACUCUUAAAUGUGAAUCAUAUUCAAUUAUUGUGGUUUAUAAAAGUGGUCUGCAUGUGCAGGUGAAUGAGUACAGUAUUUCCCUCUGAAAUUAUAACAUUACAGACAACUUUUUAGUCAGAGGAUCACUGAAUAAGUAAAUUUGGCUGCUCUCAGUAACCACAUUUAGUCUGAAUUUAGGUUUGGAUUUAUACUUUUCUUCAUCACUUUUUUUUAUGUUCUCACAGAUUUCACACCUUUGUCCACAUGGCCUUAGACGACUCUACAGCUUAUCUGUGACAGCUAUUGUCUUCUCAUCUGACACUUUAGCACAGGAGCACCAGAAUACUCCUAUUGUAAGAUAUCUUCUUCUGCACAAAUACGUCAUUUAUUGUAAGUGGUGAUUCCUGUAAUUCUUCAUCCUCAUUAGUCGUGUGUGUGAUGCUUGCCAUGGUCACGUCAAUGUAAUGGCAUCCCCCCUCUGUUUUCACACCAAUGUGGAAAUGCUCUUGGCAACCCUUUUUCCACCACUGGAAGAUCUGCUGUGACAGAAUUCUGCACUUUUAUUCUUCAUCUUUCUCACAAACAGAACCAUGCAAGAUGACUUUACCUGUGAGGUCCGGCCUCUGUUUUGGCUUCUGAAUCUCAGUCCGUGUUGGGGACAUUUGUUACAAACACACAUUUUAGUGUUGGCAGUGCGGAAGUGUUCCGCCUUCAGUCGUUUUAGUGCUAUUGAUAGCUGCAGGCAUGACUUGAGUCCAUGACCUGAAUCUGACUGAUGCAGGUGUUCUGAGUGGGCAUGUUUGCAAGGCAAAUCUGAGCCUUUUAUCUGUUGAGCUGUAUGAUUCAUUCAUAUCUCCAACAAACUGUGUGCUAUUAUCUGGAAGAUCAUUGAUGGGAAACAUUACUCAGCACACGUUCUGCUUCAAGUCAUUUGUAACCUGUUUUUGAAAUGUCUUUUCAUGAUGGGAUGCUCCCUUUUAAAAUACAGUGGAUCAGUCUGUCUCAGACUUCACUUUUAUACACUGACACGCGCACGCACGCACACACACGCAUGCAUGCAAUGCAGUGUUAUAAAACAGGAGUCACAUACAACCCCAACGUCCGCCACAAAGGAUUAUCAACCAAGCACUCAUAUUUGAAUAUACAAAUAUGAGUUAAAACUCAUUUGCAUACUCAUUUGUAUUAGGCACAAGAAAUGUCUUUCCUCCUCCUCCCACAUUCAAAUUGUGUCUAUCAGAGAGAGAGUGAGAGAGACUUGAAAUAAUGUUUCUCUGUGACAGAAGCAAAUAGCCUUCAAUGAUGCCAGGCUGAUAGUAAGGUGUUUGCUCGGUACAUUCAGAGCAUACAUUCAGAGCGAGUUGGACUGACUUCAAACCAAACGAACUGUCAAACAGUGAGCAUGUCGGGUGUGUCUGCUAUACAGAUGUUUCAAUCCCUUCAUUGAAAGUGCUCACUGCAUCUGUGCUAAAACUAAAAGCCCAACUUGACUACUGUGGACAUUGAAACAUGAAAGAAACAUUCCGAAUAAACUUUAUUUAAACGUAAUGAUAUGGCACGAAGUGAAUAAUACUCAUGUCACUCAACUUUUGCAUCAACAAAGCGGAUAUUCUAAUAAAUUUCAAUAAAAAUGCUUUCCCUGGUU